AUGCGUCUAAACAAGAUUUCACUCGUGCUGACCAUUGCAAGCCUAAUGUCGGCCGUCUCAGCCCUCACUAUCAAAUCCACCAAGCAGUGGACCAUUGGUACUGAUAUCCAAGGUUCCGAGCGACUCAAUGGUGUGAGCUACCAAGAAGACGCCCUCAUCACAUACGGGGAGCAUCAAUAUGUGACCUUCUACGAAACUGCUCCGGCAGGCUAUCUCAACCACUUCGUGCGGCUAGGUCGAAGAAGAGUCUCUCCCAAUGUUCAAGACUGGGAGUAUCUCACGUUUGAUGAUUACACGCAAAAGACGAUGGAUGGGCAUAAUAUGAUUUCUAUGGGUAUUUCUGGAGACGGAAAAAUUCACCUUAGUUUUGACCACCACGAUGUUCCGAUCAACUAUCGAGUCUCGAAUGCCGGCAUAGCCAAGAACGUUCCUGCUAAAUGGACGUCGGACUUGUUUGGACCGGUUGUACACAGCCUGGCAGGGUCUACAGGGCCUUAUUCUCCGCUGACAUAUCCUCGUUUCGAACCUUUAAGCAAUGGCGAUCUCCUCCUUGAAUUCCGCAUCGGACAAUCCGGAUCUGGCGAUAGCUACAUUCAUCGCUACAGCUCAUCCACUGGAAAAUGGCAGGCCCAAGGCAUGUACAUCCAGGGAGACGACAAUAAUGCCUACAUCAACGGACUAGACUAUCUCGAUGGGAAGCUUUACACUUCAUGGACGGUUAGAGAGACACCAAACGCUGACACGAACCAUGGAGUCUACUUCGCGUACUCCAACGAUGAUGGCAAAACCUGGUUCAACACCAAUAACACCAAGCUUAACAAGCCAAUCUCGACUUCUGAUAGCAGUACGUUGAUCUGGGAUAUUCCACAAAAUAGUCGCAUGGUCAACCAAGAAGGACAGCUUGUCGAUACCAAAGGCCGAUUCCACGUGCUCAUGAGAGAUUUGUUAUCUGGGAAACAUUUGUAUCAGCAUUAUCUUCGAAGCACCGAUGGCAAAUGGACCAAGAAUGCAAUUAACCCGACUGGUCUCAACGGCCCUGACCUGUACGACCCGCGUGGUAAGCUUGCUGGAGAUGCCACUGGUGAAUACCUGUUCGGUCUUCUUCCCGACCCCGUGAAGCAAUCGACGGGUAUCUAUGUCGCCACAGCGGCUAAAGGUUUCAAAGACUGGACGUCUCUUGCUGAGAUACCCAACACUGCCACUGAGCCGCUGUUCGACAGAACCCGCCUUCAUGACCAUGGAAUAUUGAGCGUUUUUGUUAGACAGGCCGGUGGUUUCCCCGAUCGAAAGUUGCAAGUGUGGGAUUUUGAGCUUGAUCUCUAG